UUUCAAUAACGGUUCACGAAUAACGUUGUUAAGUGAGUGUUUGUCAUUAUUGAAGUGAGUGGGUAGUAGUGGGCGAUGGGAGUUCAUUUUCUCCACAAAUGCUGCCUGUCUCGCUGAGUUUCUCGGGUAUUUCGAAGGUUUUAAUAGUUUCCACCGGAAAUCAUAAGGCAUUCGUGGCCACGGUUGUGGAAACGAGGAGCUGCAGAUGCUGGGUUUACAAAAAAAGACACAAAGCGGCUGGAGUAACUCAAGGUAGACAGAAAUGCUGGAGAAACUCAGCGGGUGAGGCAGCGUCCAUGGAGCGAAGGAAAUAGGCGACGUUUCGGGGCGAGACCCUUCUUCAGACACAAGGGGUCAGUCAGCAUCUAUGGAGGGCAUGGAUAAUAGACGUUUCGGGCCGAGAGUCUUCUGUAGACUGAAUAAGGUAGACAAUGACUGAAGAAGGCGAUGGUUAUGAUGGUUUAUUUUUGAUUUGGGGUCUUCAACUGUUGGUGUUUAGAAUUAUCAUACUAUAGGAUCAUUAUGGUUUGGGUCAUCAUGAUUUAACAUCGUCAAGUACUGGUGCUUAUGGCUGUCAUACUAUUUGUGGUCACAAGAAACAGUAGAUGCUGGAAUCAUCCGCCAAAAAAGUGUUAGGAGACAUAAAGAACUACAGAUGCUGAAAAUAGACACAAGUGAAACGUUGAGAUGCUGUUGCUUCAAUUUACAUUUAGCCUCACUCUGACAAUGGAGGAGACAGAGGACAGAGAGGUCUGUGUAGGAAUGGGAAGGAGAGUUACAGUUUCCGGCAACCGGGAGUUUAGGUUGGUUCGCGAGGGCUGAGUGAAGGCUGAGACGAUCGCCCAGUCUGCGUUUGGUCCCGCCGAUGUUUCAGAGUCCACAUCUUGAACAACGGAUACAGUAGAUGAGGUUGUAGGAGGUGCAAGUGAACCUCUGCCUAACCUGAAAGGACUGUCGGGGUCCCUAGACCGAGUCGAGGGAGGAAGUAUAGCGGCAGGCGUAGCAUCUUCUGCGGUUGCAAACAAAGUGCUGGAGUAACUCAGGGGGUCAGCCAGCAUCUGUGGAACGUCCUCUCUGUUGAAGAUGUCACGUUACACACGCCUCUUGACAAACAUUGUACGCUUGCUGGACCAGUUUGAUCCUGAAAAUAACAGCCCAGAUCAUUUUGUAAGCGAUGCAGCUAAAGAUUAUAAGACAGAAGAUGAAGUUGAGCAGACGUUCCUGGUGGAAGUCCUGUCAGGCUGUUUAUAUUACAGACCACUGCUCAAUGUGAUAGUGAAUGGAUUUUACGUCCGAGAUGGAAAGACCUUCCUGCGGUUGGACUGGAAUCUAUAUGCAGUUAUAUGCUAUCUUGUGACUUUUCGACUGAAAGAACUGGGGCUGAAAGACUUCACCAAAUUUAUCAAUUCCCAGGAUAAGCACAAAAUGCAUAAAUUCCUUAAAUUCUUCUUUGAUGCUGGGAACCUCAAUACAUGGAUAAAGGAUGAGUGGUGCCAAUUAUAUGAUGUGGCAUAUGUUACAGAGAAACUGAUUGAUCCUCUGCUGAGCUGGCAGCCAGAUAUCAAGGUCAUCAUUGAACAUUUGGCCAAUACGCUAGCCAACAAAGUCGUCCACAAAAAGGAGAGUCAACCAGUAACAGUGCCGAAUGAAUUCAACAUCACCAAGCCUAAACCGCGAUCCAUUCCAAUGCCUGAGGGAAUUCUACAGGUGGAAGUACAGAGAAAGAUUCCCAGCAGCACGUACACUCCUCCGAAAGAGAAAGAGAUGCUGAAAGAAAUCAAGAAGAAGAACCACCUGUUAGCCGAGGAACACCUCCUGGAAGCUAACACCGACCAGUUCCGAUGUGCCAUCACAGAGGAGUCCUCUGACAAAAGGCGAAUUAUUUCUGAAAUUCUGAUGGAAAAAGAGGCCAAGAUGAGACGGGCACCUUCAAAAGCACGGCAAGUCCCUCAACAGAUGGCUGAACAUAUUCCAAUAAAGUUGAAUACGGCUACCAUACUGAGGGAGAAUGCCAUUUACAAACAGAAACUGAAAGAAGAACUCGAGAGGAUUGAUCUUAUACUAGAAGGAGGCCAUGACCCUGUCAUGUUUGAGGAAUCUCAGAGGAAAAAGGACGAGGAACUUAAGCAGCACAAGCUGGCAGAUGUAGAACGUCGUCGCCUUGAGGGAAAGAUCUUCUUCGAACAGUCGAUACUGGCACGGGAGGCAAGAUUUGAUGAGAAACGCCGGAAAGCUGCUCAGCAGAAAGAGCAGGCAGCGGAAUUAUUGCAGAAGUACAAUGAGAUACGACUUGAAGAGAAAAAGCAGAUGAAAGCACAGGUGGAGCAGGUGUUACAGGGACACAAAGACUCGAAGGAACAAAAAAGGAAAAUUCAGGAUUACAAACAGAAGAAGGCUAAGGAAAUGAAUACGGAAAUGGAAGAAAUACUUCAGCAGGUGAUGGAGAAGAACAAUGAUGAAAACAAGAAAAAAACACAGCUGAUCCGUGAAAUUCGUGCAAAGCUAACAGCGCCCUCAAUUAAACAAAACUUCCUAGAUUUAUCCAAACCCGCUGGUUACGACCUCUUGGAUGAGAUGUCAUUGAUGGAGCUGCGGGAACGCCUUGGAUUAAUGAGGGAGGAGCGGAUUAAGGAAGAGGAAGACAGACGGGACCGAAUACUCCAUGAAAAGCAAACAAGGGAGCGUGUCCUUUUGGAUAAACUGGAACAGAUCUCCUUGCACAGAGAAGCCAUGAGCAAAAAAGCAGUGCUCAAGAGGAGGGAGAAGGAACUGAAAAAAAGAAAGUUGUCCAAAUUUCUGACAAACAACCAGCAAUUAACUGAGUUAAAAGCUAAACUAGAAGAAAAGAAGAAAGAAAGCGAUAAGCUGCUGCAAAUGCAAAAGAAGAAAACUCAAGAGAAUCUGCAAAGGGCUGAAGCCUCCAGGACAGCAGAGAGGAAAGCAAACGAAGAACGCUGGUGGUGGCACAUGGAAGCUAGCCGUGAACACAGGUCCCAGCAAGUUAAAGUUCGUACUAGAACCUGUUAGAAAGCAUCCAAGCAUCAGUGUUCGGUGGCGUGGUAAAACUGAAGAUAUUGACCUAAAAAAUGAUCUGACGGUACUUUUAAAGAAGCAAUGGUACUUUAUAAAUACGAUAAUGAAUGAUAAUCGCAAUAAAAGUAAUGGCUUCUGUAAAAUUAUAUCUUAGUUCCGAUGUUCACUUAAAAAAAACACAAAAGCAUCACCAAAUGGAAAUACAUUAUUGUUUUCUCUUGGUCUGUGUUUUGUUGAAAUAAAGUGAUAAUAGUGUA